AUGUGGGCUAGCAGCGGCCACUUCCUGCUCCGUCCUACCUGCCGUGCGUCGGAGCUCCUGCCCGGGGAACACAGAGGAACAAUGCCGGGUAGGGGGAUGGAUGUCCUGGACGUGGCCGGGUUCAGGUGUCUUUCCCGGAAUCGUUACCGUAAUCCUGAAGAAGACACAGGAGGAGCUCUGACAGAACCCGUCAUCAUUUACUCAUCAAGCCUUAAUCUGUUGACCUUCCUAGCACAGUUAGCAGGAUUCCGUAAAAACAACAUAACCGCUUUCCGUGAGAUUAUGCUGUGGGCCUUGGAUCCAUCGUGGAACCACAGUCCGUCCGGGCGCCCAGCCUUCGGGCCGGAGACGCUCCAGACCAGCAACUACUCUCUGGUGCUGCUGAUUCAGUUCAGCCUGCUCUCCUUCGACCUGUUUGUCAACUCCUUCAGUGAACUGCUGAGGACUGAACCGGCCGUGCAGCUGGUGCUUUUCAUAAUCCAGGACAUUUCCAUCCUGUUUAACGUGAUCAUCAUUCUGCUGAUGCUGUUUAACACCUUCGUGUUCCAGGUCGGCCUGGUCGCCAUAUUGCUAGAGCGGUUUAGAAUGCUGCUAAUGCUCUCUGCUCUCUACCUGACCUUGAGCAUCAUACUCCACUCCUGGCUUAUGAAUCUGCGUUGGCUGAAUACCAACAAAUUUGUGUGGACAGACGGUCUUCAGGUGCUGUUUGUGUUCCAAAGAACAGCUUCUGUGUUGUACUUCUACUUCUACAAGAGGACCGCGGAGUACCUGGGUGACCCUCGUCUCUACGAGGACUCACCGUGGCUGCGAGACGUCUUCGCUCAGGUCAGACAGUGA